AUGGCCCCGGAGAAGAAAGCAAGGAGCGCUAUAAGUGAAGUUGUCACUCGGGAGUAUACUAUUAAUUUGCACAAAAGGAUUCAUGGAGUUGGCUUUAAGAAGCGAGCACCUCGAGCAAUUGACGAAAUACGUAAGUUUGCUAAGCAGCAAAUGGGCACUGAAGACGUCCGAGUAGAUACUCGUCUUAAUAAAUUCGUUUGGAACGUGCCGUUUCGUGUUAGAGUGCGGCUUGCUAGACGGCGAAAUGAGGAUGAAGAUUCGCCACACAAACUCUACACAUUAGUUUCUUAUGUGCAAGUUAAUUCGUUUAAGGGGCUGACUACCAUAAAUGUGGAUAAUUAUGAGUAA